AUGCUAGCGGAUUAUGUCUAUACAAAUCAGCUACGAAAUAAAAUUACUAGUACGCUUCUACUAGACGUGAAAGGGGCAUAUAACCACGUGUCUAAGAACCGGCUACUUAUAAUUCUUAAGGAUUUAGCCUUUCCCAAUUCGGUUAUUGUUGAUUAUAUAAUAAUAAGCACUAAAUAUGGUUUAAACCUAAUUAGGCUUACUAGCUGUGUCGAUUUAUAA